AUGAAUUAUCUCAUUCUUUUCAUAAUUCUUCCUGUCGUAUUUGCCAUACAAGUUCACAACCAUAUCGGAUUCAUUCGUUUCUCCAAACCAGUCCCUGAUUUUUUAUCAUCUCUGUCUCUCAAGGCUCAAUAUGACUACAAAGUGAUCUUGGAGAAUGAAACAAUUCCGAUCAACACAAAAACUGCCGAAUUCCAAAAAUGGGCAACAACUUAUAAAGUUACAACCCAAUACUCGAAUUAUGAAGCUCAACAAAGUUCGGUCAAAAGUGAAAUGGAGAAGAACGUCACUCAGUUGAUUUCUGAGUUGUCUCUCGUAAACUCUCAAAUGUUCAAAAUUCUUCAAAACGACACCUUGAGCAUCGAAGAACAAAGAGAGGAAGUGAAUGAGCUGGCUGAGCAAUAUUCAAAAAAAAUGUAUCUUCGCCUCUCCAUUCUUGUUGUAUUCCUUCUUGCUUCUGGAACAGUCGAUUCCAAACACAAAAAUCACCAAAAAGGAGAGGAACCAGCUUUCGUAAGAAAUCUCACGAAUGCUCAACGCAGCUCUUUCUUCGGAAUCUCCAAGAAUCCAGGAAUCUCGUUCCAACAGAAGGAGGAUAAACUUGUGAAAUGGGCAGAGGCCAACAACUUGACAGAACAAUACGCUGAAUUCUAUAAAAACCUCCAACUCCAUAAAGAACAACGCAGCAAGAACAUUUCCGCUGUCAUCGAACGUCUCGCUGAAGCUAAAGUCGAAGUGGAUAAAGUGAAUGCUGAUCUCAGUUUGACUAAAACUCAACGCGACGAAAAGAUCGAUGAGCUCAAAAAGACGUAUCCACAAGAGAUUCCAACCAUCUUCCAUAUCAACAGUCUCUUUGAUCACAAAGGCAAUGGAACCAGAAACGGAGAAGGAAAGCAAUCAAAACGCAAACACCAAUAA